CAAAAAAGGAUUAAUCCCUCCCGCAAUUCAAUCUGUAAUGCAUCCAAAUUCAUUCUCUCAUUGCAUGAAUCAAUCGCCAAAAUGACUGCCAAACCCUACCCCUCAUACGAGUCCUGGUGGUACUCAGACUCUGCUCGAUAUGAGUACCUCAAGAGCGACCUCUUCUGGACACUGGCCAUCCUCAUCAUAGCCAAUAGCUGGUGGUCAGCUAAGCAGGUCGAUUCAUUCCCAAAUGAAGACGACAACGAAAACGAUACUGCCGCCGUAAUCAAACCCAGUCCUGCAACCCAACCGCGACGCCCUGGCUUCUGGCUCAAGGACCGCAUCACAUCACGCCUCCACCAAUACCUCGCGCUCUUGGUGUGCACUUCUGCGUUCCCUGUCCAACUCCUCCACGGUUCCUGGGUCCUGAAAUCCGCGUGGCGAAUCUCUUGGGGAGUAUUUAAACGAACAUAUCCAGGUUCCCUCAGACCACGUCUUCUGGGCAUCGCCCUCUACUCUCCUGUUGCUACCUUCGCAUUGCUGGUCUGGGCUGCUGUCGUGGGUGCUGGCGUCUUCAUCAUCGCGACACAGAUUCUUCUUUGGAGCAAGGUCUGGGGGAUGGAUCCUAAUGCAUCACCCCAUCUUCCUUCUCCCAAGGAUGUUAAGAGGAAAAUCGAUGGUGAUGGAGACUGGGAUGAUAUCAAGGAGGAUGAACAGGAAGGAGUUAAGAAAGAUUAGUUUAUGUUAUACACUCUAUCUCAUUAAGAUAGUCAUCCUAAGCUUUCUCUUGCUCCUCACCUGGCGUCUGUACGAGGUGGGGCGUGAUAAGGAAGAAGCCAACCAGAUUGACGAUGAACCCAAAGGCCUCUUACCUCAUCUCUUUACAUGAAUGGCUCCCGC